AUAGAGGCUACUACGCCUAAUGCGUCCGAAACCACCGCCUCCAUGACUGAUUCCGAUUCCGAUGAGGGUUAUCGCACCCCCAAGCUAAAACCCCAGGUUAUCCACUAUGGACUUAAGGAACCAACACCGCCGCCGUUCGCAGUUGACGAGAAGGAGCAGUCGACCGACGCCGAAGAUGCGAAAUCUACAGGAGAGGGACCAUCGCCGGGAUCCCGUAAGCGCCUGCAGAAAACCUCCACACAUGCCUCGGCGGAAGGCAACUCGGCGCUGAUUCGAAAUUUAGAGCCCAACCGUCCGGAUCUUGCUGAAUAUGAGAGAACUCACUCCUUCAAGCUAGAAAAUCUUGUCGACUUUGAUUACAAGCCGGGGUCGAAAGGGAAAACUUUCCAAAACCCGGCGACGACCGACUCGACCGGGCAACCGACGAUCCAAACGACGGCUCCAACGACGGCCCAAUCUGAUCACGAAAAAGGGUUGAACGAGGCCGCAUCGCGUGCCCUUGAAAUGCUUCAGCCGGACGCGCCGCUCCCGCCUCAGGACAGCUUCUUCAACUCGAAGCCGCGGUCUCCCACGCUUCCGCUGCCGAGUAGCCCGGUGGAACCGAAACCCGACUCGCCGUUCAGCUGGAAUAAGCUCAUCAUUCCACCAUCGGAGGGCCCCACUCGGAAUACUCUCCCAGCGCUCCAUCCGCCGACCGCGAACGCCAACUCCCCGGAGAAUCACACCAGUCUGCCGUCGCUCCAGACCACGCUGUAUCGGAUGGGCGUUCCCCCAGAGCCGCCCGGUCCGACCAAUCGGACAUCGCCCUACCCCCUUCCCCCGGUCACCACGUCUCCCCCACAGAGACCGCGGAAUGACUUUACGUGGGAGUCCCAACGCCCGGGGCCGUUUCCCCCGCCGCAGAUCCCACCGAGCCCGUAUUCGCACAUGUCCCCGGCGAGUACGAAAGAUUUAUCCGCCGUAUCUUCGCCCGCUUCCCAGGCUCCCUACUGGCGCCCGCCCCUUAAAUCCGACAUCCACUAUCUGACCUCCCCGUACGAUACGGCCAGCCCGGUAGGUAAGAGUCCAACCGGGCACUACCCAACCCCGGUUGAUCCCACGCCACCGGCGGGAGGAUGCGAACGGAUGCCGUUCAGCCCCGCGAAUCCGUCGCCCAACGGGGUAGUCCCUACCGGUUCAUAUAAAUGCCGCCAUCCUGGAUGCACAGCUCCCCCUUUCCAAACACAAUACCUAUUAAACUCUCACGCAAACGUCCAUUCUCAAGACCGUCCCCACUUCUGUCCCGUAGACGGAUGCUCUCGGGGCGUGGGUGGAAAAGGAUUCAAACGCAAAAACGAAAUGAUCCGGCAUGGCCUGGUUCAUAAUUCGCCCGGAUACGUGUGUCCGUUUUGUCCCGACCAGCAACAUAAGUACCCACGACCAGAUAAUCUCCAGCGACACGUACGGGUUCACCACGUGGACAAGAGUCGAGAUGACCCGGCGUUACACAGUGUCCUUUCCCUCAGACCCGAAGGUAGCACCCGUGGACGGCGACGACGAGCUCACGGGUAGUAUUUUUUCCCUUCUAUCUUGCUUUAAUAUUCUUUUUUUUCUUGCAUAUACGCAGCGUAGCAUUGCCUGUUUAUUUUUUUUCCCUUUCCUUCUUUCUUCCUUGCUUUUCUUUCUCUUUUUCGAUGGCUUUCUCGGCCUAGUCGAGAAUAACGCGGCCACCUUUAUAUGUGCAUCAUGACUCACUCUUUCCCCCUUCUCUUCUUUUUCUUCUUGGAUUGAUCGAUUUGUCUUUCAUCAAUGAUACCAGCUGCUAGAGUUACGAGAUAUCACUGUCAUUCGCUCCUGUUCUGUUUGUGUUUUUGAUUCUGUUUCGCAUAUAACACGAGUUCUCAUCCCAUUUUGCCAGAAAUGGGUGGAGUGUGGGGGUUGUAUAAGAUUGCGGUUGCGGCGUUCAUUCGGU